AUGACUACCAUGGAUGAAGAGGAUCUCAGCGAGUAUUUCCGCAUGCAAUAUGGACAGAAAUUGUUGAAACUGUUGAUGAAAUUCCCAGUGUCAGAGGAGCAGUCUCCCUCUCCUUCUAUUCGACUCCUGGAGAAGAAGAAAGAGGCCAAAUUGGUGCAUCAGGCCAUGGAAGCUCAAAAGGAGGCAUUUAAAACAAGAAUGGAAUCCCUAAACAACAGAUGGGAAGAGCUUGGUACAAAAGAAGUCCAGCUGAAAGCUUAUAUUAAGAAAUUUGAGCAAUUCAUACAGGAGAAUGACCAGAAACGGAUCCGAGCUCUGAAGAAAGCCAACAAGGAACGAGAACUGAAGAAACAGCGGGUAAAGGAGCUCGCCAAGGUCAAGUUAGAGAUUGCAGCUCUGAAACAGCAGCACCAAAAGCUCUACAGCAAGCUACAGCAAUACUCGAUCUUCAACAAGUAUUUGGAGAAGGUGGUGCACGUCUCUGAGUUUGAAGAAAUCCGGGAAGUCAUUGGACGCUAUAAAACUCUAGUUGGGAUGCACCGGGAUCUCCUGCAGUCAGCCCAGGAGGGGCUGGAGUUGAUCGAACAAGCCAAGGUGCGCCUGGCCCGCUACAAAGAGGAAAAAGACGAUGAGAUUCUGCAACACAACAAUGAGCUGGCCCGCCUGCAGCUGCGCUUCGAUCAUGCCCGUAGUGACGUCAUUGCCUGGGAGUCCCGCUGGGCUCAUAUCCAGAAUACUGCUGCGAAGAAAACCCUGAUGCUCGGCACCAUCAAGAUGGCUACGCUGAAUCUUUACCAGAGUGUAAACAAGCAGAUGAAGGAAGCUUUAAUGGUGCCUCUGGAGGACACUCACAGGCAGCUGGAUAUGAUCCAGCAGUUUAUCCAAGAUCUAUCAGACAUUUGGGGAGAAGUGAAGAAGAAAGAUCAAAAUCGAUCACUAACAGGGUUUCCCAAAGAUAUAUAG